GAUGAUGAUGAUGAUGAUGAUGAUGAUGAUGACAAGGAAGAUGGCAAACACAAUCGCAAGAACCACAAGCGUGAUCAAGAUAAUGACGAUAAAGAUGAUGGUUAUGGGAAGGGGAAUUGGCUCUGGGAUUUUCUGGAUAUGCUAGACUAA